AAUAUGAUAACAGAUUUAAAAGAAGGGGCUGAGACUAUGGAAUGAGUUUUUGUGCAGGUGAUGGGUUAUGGUUGGGCGGGACUCCUGAGGAAGUAUGUGGUCGAGCCGGCGCAUAUGUGGUGGCCCUCUACCCUUGUUCAAAUUUCUCUCUUCAGGACUCUGCAUGAAAAAGAAGAAAAUGAUGGCAAGCGCCGCAUAUCACGAGUGAAAUUCUUUGCGAUUGCAUUAAUUUGUAGCUUCUGCUGGUAUGUAUUCCCAGGGUACCUCUUCCAAACCUUGCAGAGCAUCUCGUUGGUGUGCUUGGCCUUCCCCCAUUCGGUAACUGCCCACCAAAUCGGCUCAGGCAUGAGUGGUCUUGGCUUAGGAGCCUUUACACUUGACUGGACAACAGUUGCCUCCUUCUUGUUUAGCCCACUUGUUUCUCCCUUCUUUGCCAUCGUAAACGUCUUCAUAGGAUAUGUCUUGAUAAUUUAUCUAGUGAUACCAGUAUCUUACUGGGGGAUAAACCUGUACAAUGCUAAAACUUUUCCCAUAUUUUCGUCGGACUUGUUCACAUCAAAAGGUCAGUCGUACAACAUUACUGCAAUUGUUAAUGACAAGUUUGAGCUAGAUUUACCACAAUAUGAGAAAAUAGGGAGGGUCCAUCUGAGCACUUUCUUUGCUCUCACCUAUGGAUUUGGGUUCGCCACUAUUGCAUCCACAGUAACACAUGUGGCCUUAUUUUAUGGAAGGGAAAUUUAUAGUAGAUACCGAGCUUCUUCGAGGGAAAAGGGUGAUGUACACACAAGGUUGAUGAGAAAUUACAAGGACAUACCUUCAUUGUGGUUUUAUUUGCUUCUUGCCUGCUCAAUUAUUGUUGGUCUUGCACUCUGUAUCUUCCUUAAAAAGGAUGUCCAGAUGCCUUGGUGGGGACUGAUAUUUGCUGCUGCAAUUGCCUUCUUUUUCACCCUGCCUAUCAGCAUUAUAACAGCCACGACAAAUCAAACACCAGGGUUAAAUAUCAUUACAGAGUAUAUAAUGGGAGCAAUAUUGCCUGGAGAACCAAUAACCAAUGUCUGUUUUAAGACCUAUGGGUACAUAAGCAUGGCUCAGGCAGUUGCGUUUCUAGGUGAUUUCAAGCUCGGUCAUUACAUGAAAAUCCCUCCAAGAUCAAUGUUCCUGGUUCAGUUCAUUGGCACCGUUUUAGCUGGAACAGUCAAUCUUGGUGUGGCCUGGUGGCUUCUGACUUCUGUCCCUAACAUAUGUCACCCAGAUCGUCUCCCAGCCAACAGUCCUUGGACAUGCCCCGGUGAUAGAGUCUUCUUUGAUGCAUCUGUUAUCUGGGGUUUGGUUGGACCUAAGCGAAUUUUUGGCUCUCUUGGACAGUACUCAACGCUCAACUGGUUCUUCCUGGGAGGACUCUUGGGACCAGUUAUCGUAUGGCUCUUGCACAAGGCAUUUCCUAGCAAAACUUGGAUCCCCCUUAUCAAUCUGCCAGUACUUUUAGGAGCGACUGGUAGCAUGCCACCAGCAUCACCAUUGAACUAUACUUCCUGGAUUUUGGUUGGAACUAUCUUCAACUUCUUUAUCUUCAGGUAUCGAAAGCAGUGGUGGCAGAGGUACAACUACAUUCUAUCAGCAGCAUUGGAUGCAGGAGUAGCAUUCAUGACAGUCUUACUUUACUUAGCGCUGGGCAUUGAGAAUAAGGGUUUGAACUGGUGGGGUGCCAGUCCUGACUAUUUGCCAGAGCACUGUGAUCUAGCAGGUUGCCCCACUGCAAAGGGUAUAUCAGUCGAUGGGUGCCCAACAUUUUAGGCAAAAUGAUACAAAAUGAGCCCUCAAACAAUAUAAAAAUGAUUCACUUAAGCUCCUAGCUUUGUAUUUGAGGCAAUUAAACCCUUGUACUAUUGUUUUGUUUCAAUAAAACCGAAUUUGGAUGAAAAAUGUUGAUUUGGCUCUGGUAACACACAUAUGCUGGCAACCACGCAGA